CGUAGCUCAGUAGCAAUGUGAUUUAACUCUGGGUUCGCCCUCUCGUCCCACCUACAGUGUGUCACAUAGACCUCUGGGUUCGAUGCAGUUGAACCUUCCGUACUUUCGGGAGUGGGACGCGGAGGAAGGGUCCUGCAGGAGCUGCUCGGGGCUGGGAGGGAAGAGCUACCCAAGCGCAUGACGGCAGGACUGUGCGGGUGAAAAAGGCUACUCGGGCGGACUGCGAGCCGGAACGUACCCCGGCCAUCCCGUGGAACCCUGGCCGGUCUCGCCAUGCUUAGGGCCCGGAGCCUGCUCGGCGCGCUGCGCCUCUGUUCCUCCGUUUCCUGCCCCAGGCCCCGCGCGUCUGCUAAAAUGCGCGUGCGGGACGCCCUCAGGGUCCAGGACGCGAGUGGGGAGUGCGUAACGGUGCAGGGAUGGAUCCGGUCGGUCAGAUCCCAGAAGGAAGUUUUGUUCCUGCAUGUAAAUGAUGGGUCUUCUUUGGAAAGUCUUCAGAUUGUUGCUGACUCAGGCUUCCAUAGUAGAGAAUUGGUUUUUGGGAGUUCCGUGCAAGUCCAAGGGCAGCUGGUCAAGAGUCAGUCCAAGAGGCAAAAUGUGGAACUGAAGGCAGAAAAGAUUGAGGUUAUUGGAAACUGUGAAGCCAAGGCAUUCCCUAUAAAGUACAAGGAGCGGCAUCCUCUGGAGUACCUGAGACAGUACCCUCACCUGAGGUGUAGGACUAAUGCCCUGGCUUCUAUACUGAGGGUCCGCAGUGAAGCCACAGCUGCUAUUCAUUCCUACUUUAAGGACAAUGGCUUUGUGCACAUUCAUACCCCAGUACUCACAUCCAACGACUGUGAGGGGGCCGGAGAGCUUUUUCAAGUGGAGCCUUCAAGCAAAGUAAAGGUACCUGAAGAGAAUUUCUUUGAUGUUCCCGCUUUCUUAACUGUCUCAGGACAACUUCACCUAGAAGUGAUGUCAGGAGCUUUUACCCAAGUAUUUACCUUUGGUCCAACAUUCCGAGCUGAGAAUUCCCAGAGCCGGAGACACCUGGCUGAAUUUUAUAUGGUUGAAGCAGAGAUUUCUUUUGUUGAAAGCCUUCAGGAUCUCAUGCAGGUCAUGGAGGAACUCUUCAAGGUAACCACCGAGAUAGUUCUCUCAUGCUGUCCUGAAGAUGUUGAACUCUGUCAUCAAUUCAUAGCUUCUGGCCAGAAGGGCAGACUAGAACAUAUGCUUAAAAACAACUUCCUAAUCAUGUCUUAUACGGAAGCAAUUGAGAUCUUAAAACAAGCAUCCCAGAACUUCGCCUUUACACCCAAGUGGGGUGUUGAUCUACAAACAGAACAUGAGAAGUACCUGGUGAGACACUGUGGCAACAUACCAGUCUUUGUCAUUAAUUAUCCAUCAGAACUCAAGCCCUUCUACAUGAGGGAGAAUGAAGAUGGUCCUCAGCAUACAGUUGCUGCUGUAGAUCUUCUGGUUCCUGGUGUUGGGGAGCUCUUUGGAGGUAGCCUCAGGGAGGAACGGUACCACAUCCUAGAGCAGCGCCUGGCAAGAUCAGGACUUACGAAAGCCUACCAGUGGUACCUGGACCUUCGCAAGUUUGGCUCUGUGCCACAUGGAGGCUUUGGCAUGGGAUUCGAACGCUACUUACAGUGCAUCCUAGGAGUUGACAAUAUCAAAGAUGUUAUCCCUUUUCCAAGAUUUACUCAUUCGUGUCUUUUGUAGCUGAAAGAUUGUCAAAUGGAAAGUGCUCCAUCACCAAGACCCUGCACAUGAGUAUGUGUGGAGAAGGCUGGGUGUUUGCAGUCUGGAAAUGUGGAUUUCAGCACACAAUUCCUGUGCUUUGAUACAUAAUAUAUGAAAAGUAGAAACGGUCUUGAUCAUCUUAAGAAGUCAAAGGCUUUUUUCGUGGACAGAUAAACUCCCCAAGGAGGAAUUCUAAGAGGGAGUGGACGUUCAAAUCUAUUACCUCAGUUAGGAAAACAAGAAGGAGCAGCUGGCCAUGCUGUCCAGCUGCAGGAGAAGCUGGCGUGGGAGAGUAGCUUGAGCCUGGACAUGGGAGUGUAGGGUCUCAGAGUUCUCAGGGACUCUGACCUGAUGUCUUGCCUUGCUUUGCCUUUCAUUGGUAGCUCACUUCCCUUUCUUGUUUGUUUGUUUGUUUGUUUGUUUUUGCUUGGUUUUUUUUAAACAACUGGUGGGUGAAAAUAAGGUGACUUUGACCCUUUUCUCCCUUAAGAUUUAAACUUAUGUGACACCAAUCUUACUCUUGGUGCUUUAUCCAACUUUAUAGAAGAGAAUAUUCUUUUUCAGGGUCUAAAUAGAUUAAUAAAGUGGCUAUUCUGAAUUGAAACAUUAAUCAUUCGGUGGGAAAAAAUCAUAUUUAAUAACUGUUGAUCUUUAGUUUUAAAAGUUAAAGAGCAGCUGGGCGGUGGUGGCGCACGCCUUUAAUCCCAGCACUUGGGAGGCAGAGGCAGGUGGAUUUCUGAGUUCCAGGACAGCCUGGUCUACAGAGUGAGUUCCAGGACAGCCAGGAUUACACAGAGAAACCCUGUCUCGGAAAAAAAAAAAUAAAGUCAAAGAGCUAACAUUAACCAUUUAAACUUGUCAGUCAUUGUUCUAGUUCAUUUAUAUUAGAUGUUUAUAAAUACUCUAAUAGUCAUUAAAAAAUUUUAAGUUGAUACUUACGAAAGAAAUUAUUUUUAAAUUCCUAUUGAUCCUUUUCCAGUGAAAUUUGGAAGAAAGGUAUCUUUAAUCAAAGAUGGUGUUGGAAAUGUAGCCAAACCUACACAAUGGGUAAUUUUAGAAUAUAAUGUGGUAGAAUGUGACCAGUGCCACUUUGAGUGCUCAAGAUAUGACACUUCCAACACGUUGGACAAAACCACUUAUUUUGUAUAAACGGAAACAUCAUUUCUUCAGAGUUGUUAUAGCACUUGGACACACUUGUAUUUGCAUGUGUAUUUAAAACCAUGCUUAAACUAGAAAUGCAGCUCACAAAGCAUUUUCCUAGCACACUUGGUGCUCUGGGUUUGAUCCAUGGUGUGGGUAGAAGAGGGGGUGUCACACUUUUAAAAACUCUUGACUUGUUUUAGUCUUCAGCAGGCUUCAUUUAUGGGGAACUAUUGUUGGUUGUAUAUUCAGUUGAAUUUAUAUGUAUUAAACAAUUAUAAAGUGA